AUGUCAGGCGCUAAGAAGCCCAGAUAUGUAGCGAAUCCCCUGGAAUCAGCCAUUACAACACCGAGCGAAAGAAUCCUGAAAGAAUGCCACAGUUUGUAUGUCGACAACGAAAACGGAUUGGUGAAAAUUGCAGACAGUUUGGGUGUGAGGCUGUUACCUCCAAGGAAAAAGGUUAUAGUUAUGAUCAUGGGAAACCAUUCUGCUGGGAAAAGCUCCUUUAUUAACUGGUAUGUGGAGGAGCACAUACUAAAAACAGGCGUUGCCAUAGAGACACAAGGCUUCACAUUUAUAACCAGUGGCAGGAAACGAGAAUCACUUACAGGAAAUGCAACAUUACACCUCUAUCCACAUUUCAGACCACUGCUGGAGUUCAAAGGUGUCACGGAUUACCUGAGUGCUGAGAUUUCCACCUCCAAACAGAAGAAGUUCAGUCUGGUGACGUUUGUGGACACUCCAGGGUUGGUGGAUGGAGAUAUGGUGUACCCUUUUGAUGUCAACAAUGCCAUCACAUCUUUCGGUGAGCAGGCAGACUUGAUCUUUGUAUUUUUUGAUCCAAUGGGGCAGGCGUUGUGCAAACGGACAUUGAACAUUGUUGAGAAGCUAAGUGAGAAGUGUGGAGACAAACUUCGCUUUUAUCUGAGCAAAGCUGACGAGGCUGGACGAGAAACCGACAGACAGCGAGUGAUGAUGCAGAUCAUCCAAGAGUUGUGCAGAAGACCUGGACUCAACAAAUGUGGUUUUGAGAUGCCCACAAUAUAUAUUCCCAACCCUCAAAAGCUCAGCAGAUGUGUCAACCAGAUUGAUGAAGUGUGUGAGACCAUUGAGAAGAGCAUAAACCAGGCAGUGCAGAAGACACUAGACCAGCUGGAGAAAGACUGUGGCCUCAUCAUCUCAACCAUUAGUAAUACACUGGACCAGGACCGGGUGAAUGUGAGCUGUAAUAAAAGCAAUCGUUGUAAUUCCUUCCUGUUUGGACUUCUGGGAGUCUUCCUACCAUUUCUCUUCAUCCUCAGCUUCAUCAUCAGUACUUUUGAUGCAGAGGAACUGGACACUCUCGUGGGGGAGGGGCUCGCUAAAACCCUCUACUUUUCCACAGGAAUAGUUGUGUACCUAUGGGACUGGAUCCCUGAAGAUUGGCAGAUAUUAUUUAUGAUCACCUUUGGUGUGCUGUGCUACCUUUUGCUCUUUCUGGCCAAAUAUUUUGCACGCCAGGGCAGUAAGACGCUGACUAAGAGAGAGAAGAAGAAACUGGCCGAGUGCAGUGAUUACAUCCAGGAUGUCGUCAAAACCAAGAAGCGGAAACUUUAUGAGGAGUAUCUUCGACAGUGUGCCGCAGAAUAUGACUUCUGAAGGGAACCGACCAGUCAGACGUUGAAAAUCAUUGGUCACAGCAGGACAGUAUGAAAAAAUUAUAUAAAGCACAUAAAAAUCUGAAGUGUUGAUAGUUUUGUGUAUGUCUAAGAUAUAUUUAGUGUGUACAUUUGUAACAAAUCAGUGCCUUUUUUGUUAAAUGUGAAUAAUUCAGAAUGAACAAAUGAAAGGUGCUACACAAACAUAACCUCAAUAAUAUCUUACACCAGCUAUUUUCUUUUUUUUUUCUAUAUGAAACAUAUUUAAUAAUCAGAACUAGAACUUGACUUACAGUCAAUAAGCUGCAUUAUUACAAUGACUCCAUGAAGAUUUGAUUGGGUGAAUCUCACAAACAGUAAACAUCCAAAUCUCAUUUCGAUAUUAUAAUGUAAUAUAAUAUAAUCAAUAUUAUAUUUUGCAUAAAGAUUAUUAUAAAAAAAAAAUUAACAAUUAAGAUUAUUUGCAUUUCAACAUAAUAUUAAGCCCCCUAAUUCUCAUUACUAUAAUGUGUACAGAUGUUUUAAAAUGUUUUUGUAAUUGUUAUUCUCAAUGGUCAUUUUUUUUUAUUACUGUUAUAAUUUGUAAUUUAUUUUUAAAAUCAGCAUUAAUUAAAGUCAGUACAACAAUAUGUAUAAAUAAAAUAAAAAAAAUAUCUAAUUGUUUUUCAUUACUAUAGUGCAAAUUAGGGUAUAAAAUAUUUGUUUUAUUUUUAAUAUUUUAUUAUUUUUUAAAGUACAGUAUUGCAGUAAUAGGAAUGGGAGGAUAUGCAUGUCACUAUGCAAAAAAUGUAACGUAAAAAUUGUGAAAUGGUCCCAAAUAAAGGCCUCAUUUUCUUUAAAGGUGGGGUAUGUGAUUUGCAAAACGGCCGGCAGAUUUUGAAAAUACACAACUCUAAGGUCCUACCUUCUCUCCUCCAACGCUGGCCCUGACUCCACCCAUUCGAAAAACAUGGACGCGCAAUCAUGCACGAGCGAAAACUCAGAUGCGCAGUGUUCUAGCAGUGUUCUAGACUCACUAGUCAAACAGUGCAUUCACCUGUCAGACAAUUUUUCAGAGCAAAUUGUUGACACAGCAGGAGGAGGGGGUCGCAUACCACUCUUGAAAGGUGUAGAGCUGAUUUUCUCAUAACUGUAAAAAAAAAGAACAUAGCCAGCCCUGGCGUCUGUACAGCGGUCUUCUAUUCAAAACAGGAUUCAUAGAAAUGUGGAACAACCCCACUAGCACUAUAAAAGCUCUAUUCUCCAUACAUAAAUACAAUCGCUUCCUGUUACUGGGUCACGAGCUUUGAGUAUGCGCACGAACGGGACACGCGCGCCAGGGUGGUGGGGGAGGGGGCAUGGUACGACCGUUUGAUUGACACAUUUUCUGUCCAAUGAUUCUAGAUGGUCUUGAAAAUGAUUGGCUGGAGUUUUUCGAGUCCUGCCUGUUCCACAGAUGAUUAAAUUGCUUAAUUUUCAUUUCAGUGCUUCUAAUUUACAGCCAGUAAGUGGGUUAGGAAUAGGAUUUCAAGUUAUUUUGAAAAAAUGGUCAAAAAAGAAAAUCACAUACCCCACCUUUAAGUAAAAAUGAUUAAUAACACGUUUUGUGAGAUUCACACAAUUAUCCUGAAAUAUAUUUUCUGUGACCUCCUUUUGACCUACAUUUUAGCACUGUGGGAGAAACCAAAGGUAUUGUCACAUAUUCCCUGUUGUCUUUUGUUUUUGUGCUUUUAUGUUGAAAUUUCUGUGUCGAGGCAGGUAAGGAAUGAGGAUCUACACACAAAGCAAAACACAGGGAACCUAGCACAGGGCAUAGACAAAACAUGCAAAAACUGACCAAGGAAAUGGAAAACAAGGGCUUAAAUACACAAGGGAACACAAGAGACACCUGGGGAAACAAUCAGCGAAUGAGAAACAAUCAGGGAGAAUCAAUCAAGGAAUAAAACUACAAGGGCUACAAAACAAACACAGGAAACUAAACAAGAAUUUCAACAUAAAAGCACAAAAACAAAAGACAACAGGGAAUAUGUGACAGGUAUACUUGAGCACCAAAUUAAACCUCACAUUCUCCACUUUGGAUUUGUUUUCAGUACUUAUAAAGGUGACUUUUCUGCUUUUAUAAAGUAAUGAAUUAAAAUCUGUGUCCCGAUGGUCACAGAAGAGGCAAUGCAGUUUAAAUCGAAACUGUCUGUAGAUCUUCCUUUCAUUCAUUUCUUUUUGUAUUUACUGUUGCAUGUUUGUUUGUGUACAGUGUAUGUAGUCUGUAUGUGAUUUGAAAUUGAUGAUUGUUCAAUGAACUGAAGCGAUGCUGCGUAUAUGAUUUAUUGGAAGCACUUUACAGUAAGGUUGUAUUCAUUAAUAUUAUUUAACUAUAUUAGUAGAACUAACAAUGAACAAUACUUAUACAGCAUUUAUUCAUUUUGGUUAAUGUUAAUUUCAGCAUAUACUAAUGCAUUUUAGUAAUGUAUAUUUUAACAUCAGUUAAUGCUAUAUGGAUAAACAUGAACUAACAAUUGUUUUUUGGUUAACAUGUUGAUUAACAUCAACCAAGAUGAAUAAAUGCUGUAAAAAUAUCUUUCAUUGUUUGUUCAUGAUACCUAAUGCUUUUGCUAAUGUUAUAAAAAACCUUAUUGUAAAGUGUUACCAAAUCAUUUAAACUUUUAACUUAAAAAUGUAGAAUGAUAUUUUAGGGUGUUUUAUUGAUACUAUGAACUUGCAAUAAGAACAUUUUUGAUGUUUUGACAGUUUUUCUUGUUUUGAAUAUGCAUACUUUAUAUAGAGUCGGUUAUUUCUGCCGUCCAUAUACAUUAUAUGCAGUUUGCCAUACCAGUUGGAAUCCUGCAUUGGUUUUAAUUUUAGCUUAUUUUCAUUUAUUUGUUUUUUCCAGCUGUUUAAAUGUACAUUUACAGUAAAUGUAAGUUUGAAGAAACAACAGUAGCACUUUUGUGACUUAAAACAAAGCAUAAGUGCAUUUACCUCUGUUUUGAAGAAAUAAAUGUUCGGAUGCCAUGCUCAGCUUAAGGCUUUAAAACUUGAAAUGAAAAUACAUCCUAUCUAUUUUCUAUAUGCGUGUUAUUGAUCUUAUUGUGAACAAUUCAUCCAUGCAUAUGUUGUGUGUGUGUGUUUGAUUUCAUCAAAAUUUGUAUAUUCGGGUGAAACGACUUAUCUCUGGUGACCUAUGCAGGACUUCUCCAAUCAUUUAGUCUGCUUAAAUCCUGCCCCUUUCUUAUAAAUACCACAACCUUGCGUAGAGUUGAACGAAACUUCAAUCGCAUAUUGGUGAAGAUGGCAAGAUGUAUUUUCGUCCGUUUUCCUUCAAAACUAUCAUUCCUCUACCCAAACUUCCUUGGUUACGGGUCAUCUGACUUGAAUUUACAUAUCGAAUGAUGAGGAAUAACUGCAAAUUCGUGGUUGUGUUUGAGACAUUUCACGUCUGGAUUGCUGAGGUAUAUCACAAAUGAAUAUAACGCUUCAGAUGCCUCUGGAGUUUAUUUAUGUUUUUGAGUUAUCUUGGGAUGCACAGCACGAGAAAUGUUUUUUGUACUUCAUAUUUAGUGUAUUGUUGAUUCAAAACGUUAAAAUAUGGUUAUCUUUUUCUCACUCGUUUUUCAACAGCUACGGCCUUUUUGUAAUCCAAGACAGCGAUGUGCUCAUGCAUUUAUGUUGUUAUUUUGAUCAUAAAUGUAUUGAUAUCGCUGCUCAAUUUCACUGAUAACCGGCUCUGACUCUGGCAGCGUGGUGGUGGGGGGUGCCUCCGUUCUGCUACGCAGUGCCCAAAUUUUCACAAUCCAUUCAGCAACCAAUGGAUAAACUCACAUUUUUUUCUUGUUCGAUAAGCUGUUUCACUCAGAAAUACGUCACAAUACGGAAAUCGGUCGCAACUUCCGUUUCAUGCCGUCUUUAAUGUUUUUAUAUCUGAUGUGUGUCAUUUUUUUGCAGCAUUUCUCACAAACCAGCUUAAUAUAAAGUAACCAAUUUGUUGGUGAUUUCAUCUAAAAGUGUAAUACUGUGGCUUUGUGGGGCGUUCAAUUUGUUCAACCAAUAGCGUAAGUUUGGGGCGGGACUAUCUGUUUGUACAACCAAUAGAAGACAGGGGGACUUUUCUGAAAUCUGUUUGAAAACAGUCAUUCUUUUUGCAACUCCCUUUGGUGAUGCUAGAGGCACAGAAAUGACACAUUUCAGCAUUUUUAAACUUUGCUGAUUUUUGCCGAUCUUUUGGAGGAUUUUACAUUGAUUCAUUGAUAACUCAAAAACAAAAUCUUGGUGUGCUUUUCAAUUGACUUUGUAUUACAUUGUCUUAUACCAACUCCCUUGUGUUAUUUGUUCUUGUUUGUAAAUACUGUUUAAUAUUGAAAGCUAUUUAUGCUCAUUUAAAGGAAUAGUUCACCCAA